AUGGAAACACAAAAGCCAUUAAUGAUUGCUGUGGUGAAUGAUAUUCAUCAAAAUAUGCAUCUUGUUGAAAGAAUGGAAAAGUAUUGGAAGAUUAAUAAUAUUAAAGUUGACUAUCUAAUUGUUUGUGGCGAUUUUGCCAAUAUGAAUGUCCAUAAUCAAGACAAACCUGAUAUUGUUGCUAGUUCUAUAGAUGAUUGUAAAAAAAUUAUUAAAGAAUUAGAAAAACUUUGUUCCACUGUUCUUUAUGUUCCAGGUAAUCAUGACCCAACUACUUUAUUCCAUAAUAGUAUGCAUCACUCAGUUCAAUUAACAGAAAAUUCUAUUAAUCUUCAUCGUUGUGCUUAUCAUUUAAAAGAUAACCUUGUUGUUGUUGGGUGUGGAGGUUCUGUUCCACAAUAUGAUAAACAUAUUUGUCAUAAGGUUGGAUAUCCUUAUGAAACUGAUGAACAAUACAAAGUACAUCUUAAUGAAAUUAUGCCUGAAGAUGGUAGUGUUCCUACAACAAAGAUAACUGAUAGUUUAAUUAUUGUUACUCAUAAUGGACCAUCUUGUUCUCAUACUGCUUUAAAAUUCUCACACAAUAAAUCUGUUAUGCAAACUGGUAGUGCUGCUUUAUCAAAAUUAAUUGAAAAUCCUGCAUAUAAAAGAAGACUUACUUGUGUACUUCAUGGACAUACUCAUGACUCUCAAGGACUUGUAAACCAUGAAUUAAUUCCAAUAAUAAAUGCUGGAGCAUUAAAAAGAAAUCAAAACUUUGUUGUAUUAACUUUAAGAGAAAUCAAAGGAAAUUGGAAAGUUACUGACACUAAUUUCCAUUGUUUUGGUUAUAUCUAA